UUCCUCUCUCUCUGGAGUGUGCAGAUCUUCUUUUUUUCCUUCUUCUCCUCCUCCUUCUUCUUCUUCCAAGACAUUUGUUGAAACGCAAAAAAAAGUAGUUUAAAAAGAAAAGAAAAAGAAGAAGGGGGGGAACAAAGUUGUCAGGCAGGGACAGGAGGAGAGCUUCAGAGAGUUAAGAGUCACUGUUAAGUUUUCUUCAGCAUGAUCCAGUGAGUCUCUCUCCUCUACGACAACACGAGCAGUCGGACCCGCACUCAGAGAAAACACGGAGAAACCCGGAGAGAGGAUCGCUGCUGGACAGAGAUGUAGCGUGUGUGUUGGUGAGAUCGGCGGACCAUCAUGCACCUCUUCCUGCUGCUGAUCCUUCAAGCCACAGCAGCCUUCGGACAGAUCGACCCAGCACACUGUCGCUAUGCCUUGGGCAUGGAGGAUGGGCGGAUCAAAGACGCUGACAUCACAGCAUCCAGCCAAUGGUAUGAGACUACAGGGCCGCAGUACGCCAGGUUGAACCGUGAGGAGGGGGACGGAGCUUGGUGUCCUGAGGAGCAGCAGGACUCUUCAGACCUUCAGUUCCUGCAGGUGAACUUGGGCAAGCUCACCUUCCUGACGGUGGUCGGGACUCAGGGCCGAUACGCCAGAAACUCCGGGAACGAGUUCGCCCGAGCUUACCGCCUCAACUACAGCCGGGACGGAGUUCUGUGGAGGCCGUGGAAGAACCGCCUGGGAAACACCGUGAUCGAGGCCAAUAAGAACGCCUACGCCUCAGUCAUCAACGAUCUCCACCCGCCGAUCAUCACCCGCUACGUCCGUCUGAUCCCCAUCACCAGACUGUCCACCGCCGUCUGCAUGCGGGUGGAGCUGUACGGCUGUCCCUGGGACGAAGGUCUGAUCGCCUACAGCGCUCCGGAGGGUCAGGUCAUGAUGCCGCCGAGUUCUCCCAUCGCCAACCUCAACGACUCCACGUAUGACGGCACGCGUGAGAGGAGGAGGCUGUUUGGUGGGAUGGGACAGCUGACGGACGGCGUGAUCGGCCAGGACAACUUCCUGCGGACGCGUCAGUACCACGUGUGGCCGGGCUACGACUACCUGGGCUGGAGGAACGACUCACUGGGAACUCUGGGAUACGUGGAGAUGGACUUUAUGUUCGACCAUCAGAGGAACUUCACCUCCAUGAAGGUCCACAGUAACAACAUGUUCUCCAGCGGGGUGAAGAUCUUCUCCUCCGUCUCCUGCUUUUUUAAGCCUCACCUCAACUCUGACUGGGAGGUGGAGCCUGUGGCGUUCAAGACGGUGCUGGACGACAGAAACCCCAGCGCCCGUUACGUCACCGUGCCGCUGAACCGACGUGCCGCCAGAUCCCUCCGCUGCCAGUUUCACUUCGCCGACGUCUGGAUGAUGUUCAGCGAGAUCUCCUUUCAGUCAGAGGACACCAUACUCCCAACCCAGAUGACAUCACCUACAGCCAGUGAGGAGAGCACCACAAUGAUCACAACAAAGACAGCAACCAGUCCAUCAGCCACUGACCCGCCGGAUGUUGAGAACACGGCCAUUCUGAUCGGCUGCCUGGUGACCAUCAUCCUGCUGUUAGUCAUCAUCAUCUUCCUCAUCCUCUGGUGCCAGUAUGUUUGCAAGGUGCUGGAGAAGGCUCCUCGUCAGAUCUUAGAUGAGGAGGUGACGGUUCGUCUGUCGUCCUGCAGCGACACCAUCAUCCUCCAAACCCCCCCUGUACCCCCCAGGUCUGGACACGCCUCUGCAGGCCCGGCUCACACCGACCCUCAUUAUGAGAGAGUUUUCCUGUUGGACCCGCAGUACCAGAACCCGGCGGUUCUGAGAAACAAGCUGCCGGAGCUGUCACAGAGCGCCGAGGCCUCAGCGUGUGGAGGAGGCUACGCCGAACCUGACAUCACUCAGUGCACGCCACACCAGUGUUUCCAUAGCAACGCGCCACACUACGCAGAGACGGACAUUGUGCGGCUGCAGGGCGUCACCGGCAGCAACAUGUACGCUGUUCCUGCCCUCACCGUGGACUCGCUCACCAGGAAGGACAUCUCCGCCGCUGAGUUCCCACGACAACAGCUGAUUUUCAGGGAGAAGCUGGGGGAGGGGCAGUUUGGAGAGGUCCACCUGUGUGAGGCCGAGGGACUCCCAGAAUUCCUUGGGGAGGGGUCGCCCCUUCCCGAUAGAGACGACCACUCAGUACUGGUGGCUGUUAAACAGCUGAGAGCCGACGCCACCAGCCAAGCCAGGAACGACUUCCUGAAGGAAAUAAAGAUCAUGUCUCGUCUGAAUGACCCCAACAUCAUCCGGCUGCUGUGCGUGUGCGUGUCGUCCGACCCACUGUGCAUGGUGACGGAGUACAUGGAGAACGGAGACCUCAACAUGUUCCUGUCACAGCGGGAGAUCGAGAGCACGCUGACACAUGCCAACAACAUACCUUCAGUCAGUCUGUCCGACCUCCUCCACAUGUCGGUGCAGAUCUCGUCGGGUAUGAAGUACCUGGCGUCUCUGAACUUCGUGCACCGUGACCUGGCCACCAGGAACUGCCUGCUGGACCGCCGCCUCACCAUCAAGAUCGCCGACUUCGGAAUGAGCAGGAACCUGUACAGCAGCGACUACUACCGCAUCCAGGGCCGGGCGGUGCUGCCUAUACGAUGGAUGGCCUGGGAGAGCAUCCUGCUGGGUAAGUUCACCACAGCCAGCGAUGUGUGGGCGUUUGGUGUCACCCUGUGGGAGAUCUUCACUCUGUGUAAGGAGCAGCCCUACAGCCUGCUGUCCGACGAACAGGUCAUAGAGAACACUGGCGAGUUCUUCAGGAACCAGGGUAGACAGAUCUUCCUCUAUGCUCCACCGCUCUGCCCUCCCUCUCUCUUCGAGCUGAUGAUGCGUUGUUGGAGACGCGACAUCCCCGACCGACCCUCAUUCGAGGGGCUUUACCAAGCUCUGAGGCCCCACGUCAACCAGUGAGCUGAGGCCGCUGGGAUGUACCACUCGGGCUCUCCUCGGUGGCGGGUUUGUCCAUCUCUGGACUUCUGUAAGAUGACAGACUGACAUGAGAAGACAGAAGGAUUGAAUUGCGUUACGAUAGCGAGUCGCUGUCAGAGGGAAUGAGGUCUGUGGGCAGAAGGUUGGUUAGUGUCGCUGAAUUAGCAGCACACUAUUCUGAGAGACACGAAAGAGAUGGAUGGAAGAGAGGCUGGUCAACUUAGCGGAGAAACACUUUACAGGAUCCAAACCUUUGAUUUCUAAGCUUCUAAAGAUUUCUGUCAUUGAUGAUUUCGCAGUUUUAUCCAUCUCUUUUCAUUUGAGCUGUUCAAAGACCAAAACUUCUUGUCGGACCUUUCGACAUAUCUCAUUUUCAUGUUGCUAUGGUACCAAAAGUGCCGUAAACUUUUAUUUUCUUCCUCACUUUGGCCUUUAAUAAUGCCAAAAACUGGACAGACUUCAGCUUCAGUCUUGGUAGUUUCUCCUGUCCCUGUGGUUUUUAUUAUUAUUGUAAAGCACUGUGUCUGUGUCUCUCAGUUAUUCGUGUUCAUAUAUUAACCCACACUGGAGCUAGGGCUAGGGUCAAAUUGUAGUGUAGGAUUUUAUUUUUAGAUUUUUAUUCUAUUUUAUUUUCCUUGGUUUACCGUAUUUCAGUUUUGUUGGUCUUUUUUGUGGAUAUGAAUGUUUGAGGCUGCAUUGAAACCUGUGUGGUUCACAGACUGGGGAUCAGUCAGUGGGUAACUGUGGGCAAAUAUUGAUUUGAGGCACAUUGAAACCAAAUAAGAAAAAACCAAGUGUUAGCAUUAAAACAAUUAAAACUCCUAAACAUUAAACCAUUAACUAACUUAUCUACCACUUGGUGGAUGCGUUAAUUUAAAGUGCCUUACAUUUGUAGCAUGAUUUGUAUCAAUGGGAAAGAUGCCACGACAACGGGUACUGCAAGUCGGGAGAGUUAUCAACUAAAUAUCUAAUGUCAAGGUAUCACUUUACCCGUGUCUGUGUUUGUACUCGGGCCUCUAAAAUGUUUGUCAAGUGUGUUCAUGUCUAUGUUAGAGCCCAUAAACCUGUAGGUGAAUAUACUCUUUCUCCAGUAGCCCUGCCCUGCCUUGAUGUGGAUAGUCGCACCAAAGACAAACCAGCUGGCUUAAAUUCUUCAAUCGUCAAGUCAGUAAAGCUUUAGGACUAGAAUAAGAAAACAGUGAAACCAUUGUCAGAUUUCAAAUUAAGAUAUAUUUUCCUCUACAAACAGACGCAUAGCAUUUGCAGCAACUCCUAGGCUUAGUUCACAGUAAAGACACUGUAGCAUUGCCACAAGACUAGCACGACCAGAAACACUACAGGGCAAGCAACAGUUGGACCUCCUUUGGACAUUUCCUCUUUAAAAACCUGGUUAAACCCUUUCCUGUUGCCAAAAUGAGACAUGCUCAGGUUUGGCUGGG